AUGCUGUUCGGAGUUGCUGAUUAUUUAGUUUUCAUUUGUACUAUUGGAAUAUCUUUUACCAUCGGAGUUUUCUUUGCAGUAUGGGAACGGAAAAGAAACACACCUGCGGACUAUUUUCUUGCAGAUAGAAACUCGAGUACAUGGCCUGUAGCACUAUCGUUUAUUGUAACAUUUCAGUCAUCGUUAAUGAUACUUGGAUUUCCUGCGGAAGGAUAUGCAUAUGGCAUUGGAAUUGCAUACAAUGUAGUUGGAAGUACUGCCGCUUACCUAUUCACGGCUUUGUUCAUCGUUCCAGUCUUCCAUCCGUUAAAAUUAACGAGCGUGAAUGAAUAUUUCCGCUUACGAUACGGAAACAACGCUGUUAGGUAUAUGACUCUAGUUGCCGGUAUGAUAUUCAGUUUGUUCUACAUGGCAACAGUGAUGGUCGGUACUUGCGUUGCUCUCGACGUCGUUCUAGAAAUUCCUUUCUGGGGAACAAUACUUAUUUAUACAGUUGUCACUACAAUAUAUACCUCAGUUGGAGGCAUAAAAGCCGUGAUUUGGACCGAUGUAUUUCAGCUUCUGGUGAUGGUGACUGGAAUGAUAGCUGUUCUUGUCAAAUCAACAACUGGUGCUGGAGGAGCAGAUAAAAUGUUAGAAUAUGCAAAAGACAGGAUCGGAUCGACAGACUUCAGAUUUGAUCCAACAGUUCGUUACCAGGUUUGGAAUACUUCCUUUGGAACCUUCAGUGCCUAUCUAUAUUUAACACUUAUGCAACCAGCAAUGCAACGAGUAUACUCGACACCAACUGUUCAAACUGCACGUAACCUGUAUUUUAUAUCCACGCCGUUUUAUUGUGUCUUUAUGUUAAUGGCAACAUUAGAAGGUGCGACUAUAUUUGCCUAUUAUGCAGCAAAGCGAUGUGACAUUUUAGGCGCAGGCAUUGUAGAAAACAUCAAUGAAAUUUUGCCGUUUGCUGUCCUCGAUCUUUUUCAAGACUUGCCCGGAUUAGCAGGAUUGUUCACAGCUUCUUUAUCAAGUGCAGCUCUAAGUACGAUGUCAUCUUGCCUCAGCAGUCUAUCAGCUGUAACAUAUGAAGACAUUAUAAAAAUCAAGUUUCCGGACAUGCACGCUUAUAAAGCAACGAAGUUGUCAAAAGUAAUAGUUUUGAUAUAUGGCCUUAUUGCUAUGGGACUUGCGUUUGCUGUUUCACUAAUACCAGGCUCUGUUGUCGCUAUAUUUGUCAGUUUUAUGGGUUGUUUUGACGGACCAAUAGUUGCAACAUUUUUGUUGUCCACGAUGUACCGCAAAGCAACGACCAAAGGAGUUAUUACUGGCGCAGUAUUUGGGUCUGGAGUUGCAUUUUGGCUGAACAUGGGAAGCCAUUUUUCAGGUGUUCCACCAUAUCCAUACCUUUCAUCUGGACCAACCGACCAGUGUGACGUUUAUGAAGAAUCAAGAUUUUCCAAUGUGUCAUCGCCCAUAAUUUAUCACUUUGCUAAUAAUCUAACAUUGUUUUCCACAAAUCAGGAAAUGAUAACAUCAACGGUUUCGUCAGAACUAAAUGUUCGUGACCUUUCGGGACUUGAAACAGUUUACAGUAUUUCUUACGUACUGUUUUCUCUCAUAGGCAUGGUCACCGCAUUUACAAUUGGAUUAAUUGUAAGUUUGUGUACAAGUCCGCCUAAGAAGCUUGAUGAACGAUGUUUGUUCUCGUUUAAGAAGCAUAUUCUUGAGGAAUUAUGCGGACACAAACCAGCAUCUGAUUCUACUGCUGAUGACAGAACUGACAUAGAAGAAGUAACAAAGUUUAUGUCAGAAGAUACUGAAUUUUGA